AUGGCCAACCGAUUUAGAGCAGGGGACAACUCGGCGGAAAUGAGAACCUGCCUCACCGAGCGACUGAGAACGAUGUACCAUAACCACCAACUCCGAUACACCGACGGAUCGAAGGCUAGGGGCCGAGUAGGUUUUGGAGUAACUGAUGGCCGAACAUCCCAUUUCUGGAAACUCCCGGACCAAUGCUCGGUCUUCUCAGCAGAAGCAGCAGCCCUACAUUACGCGGCCUCCCUACCAUCCUCCUCCCCUCUAUGCAUACUCACGGACUCCGCCAGCGCUCUGGCUGCAUUGGAAUCUUCCACUGCACGCCACCCGUGGAUUCAGGCCAUCCAGAAGCACACACAACCCGGCACCACCUUCAUAUGGAUACCGGGCCACUGCGGAAUCGCCGGUAACAUUGAAGCCGACCACCUCGUGGCCAUCGGACGAAGCGGCCGUCUUGCCCACAAGUCGGUCCCCAGACAAGACCUGAAAGUCUGGAUAAAAUCUACCAUCAGGUCAGCAUGGGGCAACGAAUGGAACAGCAACCAAGAGCUUUUCAUUAGAAAGGUCAAAGGGGAAACGGCCCCAUGGACGGACACCAAAAGUUACGCGGAACAGAGAAUACUCUCCAGACUUCGAACCGGUCACACCCGGAUUACUCACAACAUGGGAAGCAGCAGCGAUGGAGGCUUCCGGAGGAGAUGCGACGCGUGCCGAACAACGAUGACUGUUGAGCACAUCCUUAUCAACUGCCCGUGUUUCCACGGAUCACGGGAGUUAUACGGUAUGGCCGACAACAUUCGGGACGUCCUCCAAAACGACCCGGCAGCGGAAAUCCAACUCAUCUGCUUUACGAAGGAAGCAGGAAUCUACAAAAAUAUUUAA